GUUGCCUUGAAGUUGCUGCUGCAGGGAGUUGAUGAACUGAGAGCUUUGGCAAACUGAGAAACCACGACAUGGCAGUGACGUAUGAUGAUGUGCACAUCAACUUCACUAAGGAAGAGUGGGAUUUACUGAAUCCUUCCCAGAAGAAUCUCUACAAAGAUGUGAUGCUGGAGACCUACAGGAACCUAACUACUAUAGGAUACACUUGGGAAGACUUUAACACUGAAGAGCAUUGUCAAUGUUCCAGAAGACAUGCAAGGCAUAAGAGAACACAUAUUGGAGAGAAACCCUAUGAAUGUAAUCAGUGCGGAAAGGCCUUUGUAGCUCAGAGUAAUCUUCAAAGCCAUAAAAGAACACAUACUGGAGAGAAACCCUAUGAAUUUAAUCAUUGUGGUAAGGCCUUUGCAGCUCAGAGCAAUCUUCAAAGCCAUAAAAGAACACAUACUGGAGAGAAACCUUAUGAAUGUAAUCAGUGCAGUAAGGCCUUUGCACAUAUCAGUCAUCUUCAAAGGCAUAAAAGAACACAUACUGGAGAGAAACCCUAUGAAUGUAAUCAGUGUGGUAAGGCCUAUGCAUGUCACAGUGAUCUUCAAUGGCAUAAAAGAACACAUACUGGGGAGAAACCCUAUCAAUGUAAUCAGUGUGGUAAGGCCUUUGCAUGUCACCGUAAACUUCAAAGGCAUAAAAGAACACAUACUGGAGAGAAACCCUAUGAAUGUAAUCAGUGUGGUAAGGCUUUUGCAGCUCAGAGUAAUCUUCAACGCCAUAAAAGAACACAUACUGGAGAGAAACCAUAUGAAUGUAAUCAGUGUGGUAAGGCCUUUACAUGUCUCAGAGAUCUUCAAAAGCAUAAAAGAACACAUACUGGAGAGAAACCCUAUGAAUGUAAUCAGUGUGGUAAGGCCUUUGCAACUCAGAGCAACCUUCAAAGACAUAAAAGAACACAUACUGGAGAGAAACCCUAUGAAUGUAAUCAGUGUGGUAAGGCCUUUGCACAACACCGUAAUCUUCAAAGGCAUAAAAGAACACAUACUGGAGAGAAACCAUAUGAAUGUAAUCAGUGUGGUAAGGCCUUUGCACAAAACAGUCAACUUCAAAGGCAUAAAAGAACACAUACUGGAGAGAAACCAUAUGAAUGUAAUCAGUGUGAUAAGGCCUUUGCAUGUCACAGUGAUCUUCAAAGGCAUAAAAGAACACAUACUGGACAGAAACCAUAUGAAUGUAAUCAGUGUGGUAAGGCCUUUGCAGCUCAGAGUAAUCUUCAAAGCCAUAAUAGAACACAUACUGGAGAGAAACCCUAUGAAUGUAAUCAUUGUGGUAAGGCCUUUGCAGCUCAGAGCAAUCUUCAAAGCCAUAAAAGAACACAUACUGGAGAGAAACCUUAUGAAUGUAAUCAGUGCAGUAAGGCCUUUGCACAUAUCGGUCAUCUUCAAAGGCAUAAAAGAACACAUACUGGAGAGAAACCCUAUGAAUGUAAUCAGUGUGGUAAGGCCUUUGCAUCUCAGAGUAAUCUUCAACUCCAUAAAAGAACACAUACUGGAGAGAAACCAUAUGAAUGUAAUCAGUGUGGUAAGGCCUUUACAUGUCUCAGAGAUCGUCAAAAGCAUAAAAGAACACAUACUGGAGAGAAACCCUAUGAAUGUAAUCAGUGUGGUAAGGCCUUUGCACAACACCGUAAUCUUCAAAGGCAUAAAAGAACACAUACUGGAGAGAAACCCUAUGAAUGUAAUCAGUGUGGUAAGGCCUUUGCAUGUCACAGUGAUCUUCAAAGGCAUGAAAGAACACAUACUGGAGAGAAACCCUGUGAAUGUAAUCUGUGUGGUAAGGCCUUUGCUCAACGUGGUGCUCUUCAAAUGCAUAGAAGAACACAUACUGGAGAGAAACCCUAUGAAUGAUAUCAGUGUGAUAAGGCCUUUGCAGACCCCUGUACUCUUAAAG